ACACGCCCAUUUCAUAGUCACCUAUUUAAAUCGUGAUGAAUUUUUAGUAUUAGCUUUACCAUUUAGGAAUUGCGACUCUAUCAUGUUAUCUCUCGCGUGACCGUAUGUGGACCAACUUCCGUCUUGACGUCCCCCACAUCAAAAUGCUGCAUCCCAGCCAAGAAAAGCCCAACCAUGGGUAUAAUUCACCUCGCUGCGCGAAUGCUACCGUUAGGGCCGGCUCUCUGUCUCAUCGACCCAUCCCCUACAACGCAAUGCCAGCCCCGGCUUCGGCCUGCUGCCGGCCACUUCCCAGUUGUCAACGGCACCUAGCCGCAGGCCGCCCUCACCCACCCUGGACGAGGAAUCCCCGCUCCGUGACGGGAUUGCCGGCAGCCUCGGCCCACUCGGCCCUGCAGCCCGAGCAGUCGCAAGCAGGCCUGGUGCUAGGGCUUGGAGAUCCCGGCAGCUGGGAUGAGGCAGCUGUUGGGUCUCCCGUGGUCCGGUGCUACAUGGGGCCCAGCGGGCAGCCGCGCUGGUUCAUGUGGUACGGCGGACGCCGGGCGGACUCCCCGGCUGCGGCAGCGGCGGGGGGAGUGGAUGUGCUGGCGCCCGCAGCGGGAUGCGUGGGUGGGCGUGGCGGUAUCGCGGGACGGGCUGCACUGGUUCCGCGGCUCCGACGCGGUGGAGGGCUCCCGGGGCGCAGCGGCCGCCGCGGACGUGGGCUCCGUGCUUGCCCCCAACGCCGACUGGUGGACCUUCGACACCUGCCACCUGACACCCACGGACGUGCAGGUCUUCUCCAACAGCUCCGCCGGCAGCGGCGGUGUGGGCGUGUACUGGAUGUUCUACAGCGGGGGGGACUACGAGCCGGUGC